AUGCUUAUCAAAAAUUGUAGCACAAAAAAUAAAAUAACUAAUAACAGAAAUUGUAAUUAUAUACAUCACAAUAAACAUUCGAACUACUCUUAUGAUCAAUAUAUAUAUAAAAAUGAAUCAUAUAAUACAUUACAAAAUAGAUCAUUAUCAGAGAUUCAUGUCAAUAAUGAUUAUUCGAACUUAAACCAUGCAAAUAAAAAUACAUCAAAUUUAAGACCAAAAAGCAUUAACAAAAAUCAUAAGAAAAAUAAAAACAAUAUAAAGGAAGAUAUAAAUUGUAAUGAGAAUAUAAUCGAGAGUUUAAUAACAGAACCGAAAAAUUUAGAGGAUUUGAUAUUUAAAAAAAGAAGAGAAGAGGCACAUUUAAAUGAAGGAAACGUUUUAUCACAUUUUGAUAAAAUUAAGUGCUUUCUUGAUAUCUUUGAUGACUUUUUUAUAGAUAGAAUGAUAGAUUACAAUGUUCAAAAAAAAGAUUCCUUAUCAUUAAAACUUAUUACUGAAAAUAUUGUAAUACAUGCUAUGGCAUUCUUUCCUUUUUCUUUAGCAUCCUUUCAAUAUACAUCCGAUAGAAUAAAUUUCUUUGGGAUGAAUCAUGAGAAGAAGAAAAAAAAAAACAAUAUAUUACAUAUAACAGAAGAUAAAAAAGAGCUUUACGGUUUAAAAUGA